UCACUGUUAGAUUACAUGAAUUUUCCGGGUCUGUCGCCUGUUGCUGCGUCUGGAUGUGGAAAUGUUGCGCGCAAAUGAGGCGCGCGUCUGCACGGGAGUCAUUAUCGUUGGACAGAAAUCGGACCGCGUGAGUUAUGAAUGAAUAUAACAUAAAGAUGAAUCUGUCCUCGGUGAACUCAUCCUCUUGGAAAGCGGAGUCGGUGGUCAUUUCUUUGGGGUUUUCGCUCAUUUUCCUGGUCGGCACCGUGGGAAACUCCCUGGUCCUCGCGGUUCUGUUUCGCAACGGGCAGAUGAACACCAAAACCACCAACCUGUUCAUCCUCAACCUCGGCAUCGCGGACCUGUGCUUCAUUGUGUUCUGCGUGCCCUUUCAAGCCACUAUCUACACGCUGGAUGAAUGGGUGUUCGGACCUGUGGUGUGUAAAGUCGUGCACUUCAUCAUUUUCCUCACCAUGUACGCCAGCAUCUUCACCCUGACAGCUGUCUCCCUGGACAGGUAUUUAGCCAUUUGCUAUCCACUUCGUUCCAGGGAGAUGAGGACACCAAAGAACGCCCUCACCUCCAUCUGUCUGGUUUGGGCCUUGGCCUUGGUUUUCUCUGGGCCGUAUCUGAGCUACUACACACAGAUGGACCUGGUUGGCACCGUGGUGUGUAUUCCUGCCUGGGAGUCCAAACCACGCAUUAUAAUGGACGUGUGCACCUUCAUCUUUGGCUACCUCAUUCCCGUCCUGGUGCUCAGCCUCACCUACGCUCGCACCAUCCGGUACCUGUGGACCAGCGUGGACCCUAUAAAGGACAUGUCUGAGUCCCGGCGGGCCAAGCGUAAAGUCACCAAGAUGAUCAUCAUCGUUGCCAUUCUCUUCUGCCUUUGCUGGCUCCCUCAUCACCUGGUCAUCCUCUGUAUGUGGUUUGGCCGUUUCCCCCUCAACCACACCACCUACAUUCUCCGCAUCCUCUCCCACCUGGUGGCUUACACCAACUCCUGCCUCAACCCCAUCGUCUACGCUCUCGUCUCAAAGCACUUCCGCAAAGGCUUCAGGAAGGUUUUUAGCUGCACGCUGAAGAAGAGGGAGGUCAACAAGGUGCAUGUCAUCCAAGCGGUGAACACAGUCAGCAGUGUGGAGACAUCCAACUAGAGACAGCAACUUUGAAAUUGGACCAAGAUGUAGGAGAGGAAAAGCCACCUGAACAUUAUGAACUACGAACAUACCCAGCAGUAUUCAUUUCACCAUCUAGGCUGUGGAGUAGAUCGAUUAAAGUUGAGUCCUAAUUGGAGACUGCUAAAUUAAUUAGCAAUACCUUCCAAUUGGAUUUAACAUCACUACCCUUUUGUGUACAAAUAUAUGCUGAAAUUAGUAUUUGUGUGCAUGAUUAAAGUAACUCUGGUCCAAACCAAUUGGUCCUUCUGAACAACCAAAUUAUUUGUACCUCAAACCUAUACCCCAACUGUACUGGCUGAAGCUAUGGUUUUUAUUCACCAGCAGUUUGGUGCCAUGUCUGUAAUUGUAAAUAACUGUAACACAAUAGUUGAGAGCUCUCUUAAACAAACCUCUAGCACCAACAUAAGGCUCACAAUUAUGGUCUCAACAACUUUAAUAACUUAAAUGAUCUCUUAACUUUUCAUCUAGUGGCAUUAUCAGGUCCAAACUGUUUUAAUUUGUCCAGUAAUUUUGUUUAAGACCAGAUACCUGUAAAAAUAAUGACAUUCCCAUCAUCCCAAAUGGUGAACAUUUGUAUGGUAGCAUUCUUAGUGUGGGCGUGUUAGUAUGCUGACAUUAGCGAUUAGCUCAUAGAUGCAUAUCGUCAGAAUGGGAAGAAGAGAAAAAAACAUGCCUCGUUCCAACUCGUAUUGGAGUGCAUGCAAGUAUUAAAGUUGGUUAGCCCUAGUGCUAAUCUCGUAGUCACAGAAAACCUAAAUUAGCCGUGUUUGUUAUGUUUUCAUAGCCGUUUGUUGCAAAGUGAAACCAGAUACAGUGUAUAGCUAAUUUUAAAAGAGCUGAAGUGUUUGUAUUAGUGUAAGUGCUAGAUUUUAUUCUGAUGUUCCUGCCGGGUGUGUUGCAUUUGCAGCCUUUCUGCCAACAGUUUGUUGACACGUCUAGAAGAGAUCAUCAGUGUCAGAAAUUCUCCUACUCGACCAUUUUUCCCCCUCAGCUGCUUGUAGUUUAAACAGUUUAAACAAUAUGAUAUGAAUGGGAUAAAAUCACUAUGCCUAAGUAAAGCCUCACGGAGCAGUGAGCAUGGCUGUAGAGUCGUAGUCGUGUUCACCAAGAUCAAAGAAAAGUGGUAACAAAAUAAAGUGGACUACACUCAGAGUUUUAUGCUUUAAUGGGACAAACAUGAAGUCCUCAAAUACCUUGUUUGGGUUCAUUAUUCCACAUGUAGUCAACAUGUGGCACUUAUUGUACAGGAUGGGCAGAUUUUUCCCUAGAAGUCAACAUUGUCUUGAAAAGGGCAAAAGCCCUGCUGAUAGAACAUGUGCUUUAUUAUGAAGAUAAUUUCAGAGAAUUUGAUGAAAAGC